UCAAACUCCCUCCAGCCUCCCGGAGAGAGAUAUUAUUUGCUGUAAGACGUGUAGUAAUCAGGUAUUGCAUUUACAGCCUACCACAGGAAAUCGCCGGUCGGUGAGUCUACCAUGGAUGAAGCUGAUGGAUGUCCCCCCAAGAAGAAGUUAAAAACGAUGGAUGAGAUUUUGCUUGACAUUGGAUCUUCCAGCACAGUUUCUCAGGCCAUAAAAGAUGAUGUACUGAAAAUGGAAAAUGUGAAUCUGUUUAAGUGUCAGGUAUGCAAAAUCACUGUGACUGGCAUCAUUCCUGCUGAGGCUCAUCUUCAAGGAGUCAAGCAUAAGAAAGCAGUGCAAAAAUUCAAAUUAGAUGCAGCUGUGGAACAAAACUAUGACAUUCCAGACUCUUUCAUCAGUGAAGUACAGGCUGCUAUAAAGAGUAAACUAGUGUCAUGCAAUCACCUGGGUAACCAGAUGGUGCUCACAUGUGUGCUAUGCAACAAGUCAUGCUCAGGGGAGGUGCCUAUGGCACAGCACCUCAGUAGUGAAGCCCAUGCCAAAAAGAUGAGACAUGGAUCAUUGACUUCUUCCUGUGAAAAAUUCCCGAUCCCCAACACCUGCACCAGGUGUUAUGACUCAGUCUCACCUACAAAUGUGCCACCUAGUAUGCAAGAUUUUCCAGUCAGUGAUAAUCCACAUUCUAUGGAUUUUAUACCUAUAUCCCCAGAUGUGCAGGCUGCUAUAAAGAGUGGACUAAUAUCAUCCACUCAGCUGGGUAACCAAGUGAUAUUGACUUGUGUGCCAUGCAACAAGCCAUGCUCAGGGGAGAUGCCUAUGAUGCAGCACCUCAAUUGUGAAGCCCAUGCCAAGAAGAUGAGGCAUGGUGUUCAGUACUCAAGUUGUUCCCUACAAACAGGCAGGCCUAUCAUCACAAUUCCAGCAAUCACCCAGUGCAGCUUAACAUCACCUGCAGAUAUACAGCUUGUGCAAGGUGAUUUGUUGGCUCAGGCGAUGAAAGAGGGCACUAUAAAGGCUUCUGAGAACACUGCAAACCAUCUCUACUGUACAGUGUGUGAUGUUUCUUGCACUGGAGAAGACUGCAUGAAGAACCACCUACAGGGCAAAAGUCAUUUUAAGAUGCUGAAGGUAUUCCAGCAAACUUCAAAACAAUCAUUGAGGAGUUCUGUCAGCUCCACUAUCAACAACACAGCUGCACAGCACUCUCCUUCACCACCUGAGGAUAGCACAGCUCAUAAGGAUAAAAGUGUCUCUCCCCAUUUCUCUCCCAUCUCUCCUGUAUCAGGCUGGGAGGAGCUUUCUCUAAUGGAUGAAGUUGUCGUGAAAAGUGAAGAUGGGUAUAAGUGUACUAUUUGCAAGAUAACGUGUAACAGUCAGAGACAGAUAUUUAGCCAUCUUCAGGGAGAUCCCCACAAGAAGCAGUAUAGGUUAAGACAGACAGCACACCAGUUAGUUGGUGCAUCAGAAUCACAUGGAAGGAGUCCUAUUUUUCCAUUGACUUCAACUCCAGAUGACUUUGGAUUUACCAGUGUCAUUUCACCUCCAUCAAUGUUUAAAGAUUCUCCUCGCUGUAACACUCCACCUACAGAGAAGAUGAAAUUUGAAGAAAGUGGAGGCAGAUUCAUGGAAGAAAGCAGUAAUUCACCUAAAAGGAAGUAUUUGCAACUUGAAUCUAAUAAGAAACAGUAUUCAAAAAAUAUAAAGGAUUUUCUCCCGGAUAUUAAGAUUUAUGCCUCCAAGGACCAACUUACUGAUCUCUUUGCAGAAUAAUGGCUGCCAUAUAACCAAAUUAUUAUUUAAAGAAACUGUAUGGAAAGUGCAGUCUUGCAGUUUGCAGAUUGCUAUCUUAAACCAGAAAUGCAAAUUAUAUAUACAGCAGGAUAAUGUACAACUGCAAUAAUGCACUGAAAUUUUAAUAAAUAUUUAAUUGGAAUAAUGAACCAAAACUGGCAUAACAAACUUGCCAUUCAUGCGAGCACUGGAAUUUUUAUUAAAAAAAAUUGAAAUAAGGAACCAAAACUGGCAAAACAAACUUGUCAUUUGUGUGAGCAUUGAAAUUUUAAUUAAAAAUUUAAUCAGAAUAACAAACUAAAACUUGUAAUUCACCAGCCCUGCAAGCUGCUGUUCACUAUCUGCUGCCUGUCCCUUUUUUUCCUUUCCCUUCUUUCAUCUUGUUUCAUACCUCCCUACAUGUCAUCUCCCCUCCCCCUUAUCUGUCGGAGAUAAGGCACAAGGGAGUGAUACUGCACUCUCUCUCUCUCUCUCUCUCUCUCUCUCUCUCUCUCUCUCUCUCUCUCUCUCUCUCUCUCUCUCUCUCAUUCAUUCAUUUUGUGUGAUUUUUGCUUCAUCCUUUCUCACUCCUCACUCAUAUAUGUAAUUCCAUUUUCAUUCUCAGUCUCAUUCUAUUUAGCAAUCCUUAGGAUUGUUCUUACUCUCAGAGAGAGAGAGAGAGAGAGAGAGAGAGAGAGAGAGAGAGAGAGAGAGAGAGAGAGAGAGAGAGAGAGAGAUCCGACUUAGGUAGGAUUUACUGUAUGUAUAAGUGUGAUCCAAAGAGUAGGUAAAUGUGACCAAUACUUGUAAAAGCAGCAAAAAACUUGGUGAUAGGUGGAGAUAGGUAGGCAUGCUUCAUACAGGGACUGCCACAUGUAGGCUUCUUGCAGCUUUCCUUAUGUUCUUAUAAGUUGUUCAGGAUUAGUCCUGAGCACUAAAAUCUGUUUGUUUACAUAAGUUUUUCAACGGGAUCACAUUUACCUUAUUUCAAAGAAUGAAUUACUGUCCUACACUGUCUCCCCCCCAAAUAUAUAAAAAUGAAGUAGAUGUUUAUAGAAACUAUAAAUUAGUAAUAAAUGGUAGCUUUUA